AUGGAUGGAACUCCUGAUAUAUUUGCAACCCUUGAUACAUCUCUUCUUGAAAUAUUUCAACGAGGACAAUUAGUUGACCAUUUGCGCAACUUACCGCCUGAGGAGCAAGCAAGAAGACUCCAAGAAUUGUCACGAGCAUUACGAGAUAACCAACCACACACUUUUGAUUCGAUCACAACGACGGAAGUCAAAUAUUUUUAUUUCAUCUGGUUAUGGAAGAUCCCACUUCUUGUGGUUAACUUUACUCAAAUAUGGCGAGAUAUGACUGUUGCUAAUGUCCUUGAUUUUACAUUUGACACAAUAACAAAGGUUAUUAUGUUCACCCUACGGGUUGUUCGAUUCACUGUGUUUAUGGUCACUUCAUUCAUAUAUUUCCAUCGCAUCAUCCGCAUAUUCUUUGUGUUUUGUGACGUCAUGACAUUUUCAAACCAUUUCAUGAGGGAUGCAUUCACGUAUAUUUUUCAGAAUUCGUUAGAAAUGUUGAAACGACAUGAAAUAAUCAUGAAAAAUGAUGGUAAUGUCUUAUACUUUCUUCAGUACACAAACAGUACGGAAAUGUCAAGUUUUAAUGUUUUACAUGCCGCGAUAUACAACACAUUGUCGGCCACACUUGUCACUACUUGCAUGAACAAAGAUGGAAAAGUUUCAUGCCGGUUAGACACCGAUAGUUUAAUAUUUAAACUUUCUGAUGUGAUAACCACGCACUAUCCUUCGUUGAAUUCAUCUACUGGAUCAAUUCUAUUGAAAAUCCUCACCAUAUUAUUAUAUAUGACCUAUGCAAUAAUCGGAGAUAUUAUCUGCAUAAACAUUUGGUUCUUUUGCAUGUAUAAUUUCCUUGAUCGGGCAGUAAAGUAUAAGCAAAUGUUCAUUAAUUUAAGAGGAAUAAUUUGGAAAUCAUUAGUUAGGUAUUUGAUAUAG